AAAAUUAUUUCUUUUAUUCUCUCUUAUUUAGGAAAAAAAUAAGAGAAAGAAAAAUAAAUUUCACAUCAAACCAUGUUUUCCCUUUCAUCUAUACAAUCUAACAAUAUUCAAUCUCAAUCAUCUUCACCGCUACUCUUCAAUCAUCAUCACCAGCACCAUCACCAUGGUUUUCAUCAUUCAACUAUUUCAACUCGAUUUCACCACCGCCUACUCUUCCCUCUCCGUGCCCAAAAUAGCGACUUAACUACGUCCACCAACAAUAACAACUAUAUCUCAGUUCCAGGUCUUGAUGACAAUCUAACCAGACUUGACAAAUUUUCAAAAUCAUUGAGUCUUUCGAAUAUCGAAGAAAAUACAUCAUUAAAUCCCCUCUUAUGUUCCAAUAACAAGCUCAAAAUAGCUAUCAUAGGCUUUGGCAACUUUGGACAAUUUAUUGCCAAAUCCUUCAUUAAACAAGGCCAUAUUGUAUUAGCUCAUUCACGUACUGAUUAUUCCCUCAUAGCACAAUCCCUUGAUGUCCACUUCUUUCAAGAUCCUAAUGACUUAUGUGAACAACAUCCUGACAUUAUAUUAUUUUGCACAUCCAUUAAUUCACUAGAAAAAGUCAUUCAUUCCCUUCCCAUCCAAAAGCUUAAACGUAACACACUUUUCGUAGACGUAUUAUCAGUCAAAGAAUUCCCAAAAAACAUUUUCCUUCAAUCACUACCACAAGAAUUUGACAUUUUGUGUACUCAUCCUAUGUUUGGUCCAACAAGUGGUAAAGACAAUUGGAAAGGACUACCAUUUAUGUAUGACAAAGUUAGAAUUGGUCAAGAAGAGUCAAGAAUUAAAAGAGUCAACAAUUUUAUCAACAUUUUUGUAAAAGAAGGUUGUAAAAUGGUUGAAAUGAGUUGUAGUGAACAUGACAAGUAUGCUGCUGGCUCACAAUUUAUAACACAUACUAUAGGAAGAAUGUUGCAAAAACUUGGGACACAAACAACUCCUAUAAACACAAAAGGAUAUGAAAGUUUGUUGAAUUUGAUGGAAAAUACAACAACUGAUAGUUUUGAUUUAUAUUGUGGUUUGUUUAUGUAUAACAAUAAUUCAAUGGAGGUGUUAGAGAGAUUAGAUGCAGCAUUGGAUAGUUUGAAAAGGGAAUUAUUUGGACAAGUACUUGAAAAGUUGGAGAAAAGAGUGGAAAAGGGAAGUAGGUUAGCUUUACCUACUCCUAAUUUUAGUAAGAAAAUUGAAAAAUUGCAAGUUGAGAGGAAGGAACUAGAGGCACUUUCUUGAUACUAGUUGUUGAUUUGUGUAAUAAUUUUUUUUUU